AAGCUGCUCUGUGAGCUCUGUUAAAUAGUCUUUUAAUUUUUGGUAUGAAAGAAAAAGAAAGAACCUUUACUUGAUGACUCUUAAUUCGCCAUUGAGUGCAAGGACCCACGGAGUAAGAGGAAUCCACAAUUCCUUGCGGGCAAUUCAGGAGCAUCUACCUUUACAGCGAUGACAGGCUUAUAAACCGCAGGAUUCCUCAGCUGCGAAAGCGACCACACGCAACGCAAGCAAGCGCAUGACACUCCUGUGAUUCUGUCGAGCUAGGCGGCAAUGGAGGGAAGAGCAGCAGGGCCGGCCGUGUCGUUGGUGGUGUGGUUGCUGGUUUGCUUCGACGUUGUGGCGGUGGUGGCCGGUGACCAGAGCGAGGCGGUGGCGGCGGGAGGGCCGGAGUCGAGCGUGCUGUGCGUCAGCAAGUGCGGGACGUGCCCGACGAUAUGCACGUCGUCCCCGCCGUCGAUUGUGCCUCUGACCGCGCCCUCGCCGCCGUCGUCAUUGCUGCCACUGUCCGCGCCCCCGCCGCCGUACCUGGAGCUGCUGCUGCCGCCACCGCCUGGAGACGAGUACGACCUGCUGCCCCCGCCCACGCCGACAACGAACCCGCCGCAGUCCCCGUGCCCGACCCCGCCUUCUCCGUCGUCGUCGUCGUCGGAGCCUCCACCGUCACCACCACCGCCACCGAAGAGCAGCAGCGGGUCGUCGUCGUCGCCCCCGUCGGCCCCCUCCCACUUCUCGUCCCCGCCGUCCCCGCCGUCGUCGUCCAACCCGUACUACUACCUCUACCUCUCCGGCGGUGGCAAGACCCGCGGCCGCGCGUCGAGCGCUUGCGCGGCCCUCAUCGUGGCCGCGCUCCUGCCCGUCGUCACCUUUUUCAAGUGACACUCUCUGUUAGUAGCUCAGCUGUUCAGGCCGGCCGGCAUUAAUACUAGACCAUGCAUUAUAUUACGUGCUUUUUUAUUUUUUUAUUUGAUGAAAUUACUUUUGUGUACAAUUAAUUUGUUGACUGUGUAAUAUAAUGUUUCUGUAAACACCUUAAUUAAUUUGUAAAGUGAACUAUAGUGGCCC